GCACGGUCACCCACACAGUAAAGAAGUUCUUCCUAGUGUUCAGGUGGAACUUCCUGUGCAUCAGCUUCUGCCUGUUGCCUCAUGUCCUGGUAGUUGGCACUACUGGGUCCAUCCUCUUGAUAUGCAUACCUAAGUGUUUAUCUCUCUUCAGCCUCUGGAGUGCUGUUUUGAAGAAUGUCUGGAAGUUUCUACUUCGUGAUAGUUGGUCAUCAUGAUAAUCCCAUAUUUGAAAUGGAGUUUCUGCCUCCUGGAAAAGUAGAGUCUAAGGAUGAUCAUCGUCAUCUCAACCAGUUCAUUGCCCAUGCUGCUCUUGACCUAGUGGAUGAGAACAUGUGGCUUUCUAACAACAUGUAUCUGAAGACUGUGGACAAGUUUAACGAAUGGUUUGUUUCUGCUUUUGUCACAGCUGGACAUAUGAGAUUUAUAAUGCUUCAUGAUGUAAGGCUAGAAGAUGGAAUUAAGAACUUCUUUAAUGAUGUAUAUGAGUUGUAUAUAAAGUUUGCAAUGAAUCCAUUUUAUGAACUCAAUUCUCCUAUUCGAUCUACUGCCUUUGAAAGGAAAGUCCAGUUCCUUGGGAAGAAACACCUUUUAAGCUGAAUAAAUAAAUUCGCUGAGUGAGUGUUUUUUCCAUAUUUUCCUGACUGUUUGAACUGUUAUUCUUCUGGUUAGUUCCCUGCAUGUUUGAGAUUCAUCUUCUGAAGACUGACAAAUUGGGUGCUGAAGGAACUUUUUCUUUUUGAUGGUACAGAUAAGAACAGCCAAACUUCUCUGGUUAAAAUAUGUUAUCUUAAGAAGUUUCCUUUUAUGUGGUAUGAAGAAGUUUUAAAAUGUCAGAGGCUGCACAGGUACAAACUAAGACAUUUGGGUGUCAACAUGCGAAGUGUAAGCCUCUUACAAAGGGUAGGAGGAAAUCAAAUCUACAUGCAAAAGAUGUCUCCAGCUAUCUGAAUUAAUAUGAGUAAAUGAGAAUUCUUGACUGGAAAACAUUGUGGUUAAUUUUGUUAUAAACUUUGCUACUUUCAUUCCUUCGCUAGAAAACUUACUCUGCAGACUAACCAGACUAACCUUACACUUUGUGAUAGUAAAUCAGGUCUCUAUUUAUUAAUGUGUAAUUGUGUGUAUAUAAAGUGCUCAAUAAAAAUAAAACAGGAUAGACAUAAAAGCUGUCUCCAGUAUUUCAAGAAGCUUUGAGAAAAAAAUUUAAAGUUUAAAAGCUUAUAAUUUCCAAUUUACCAUAUGUUUAGUGCAUGUUUAGCUACAGUAUUGCAUCAAUGAAAUGAAUGAAGUAGACCAGAACAGCCAUGUCUGCCCUGACAUUAAUUCUAAUUCACGCACAAAACCCCCCCAAACUAAAUUUACAUGUUUAAACACACUCCUUUCCAUUAUUUUUCAAGUGCUGAAAACUUUCUUUUUGCAAAUAUAUUUAGAGUAGGAUCUUUGAACCAUGAAACUCCAUUUGUUGAAGUUUCAGAAAGGCAUUAUUUGGCCUGUCUGGCUCCUAUUUCAUUGUAAAACAUGUUAGGGACCCUUUUGCAAAACUUACCAUCAUUCCAAAAUGGUAAUUUUUAAUAUGACAUAUAUGUACCUAAUAUUUUGUUUAGGUUUACAGUCCUUUAAGUAUUCUGUUCCUUUUUGCAAUAAAUCUGUAUAAGCUAUCUUCUUGUACUUUUUUUUAAAUGUCUGAAAAGUAAUUUCCAAAGGAAGUGGCAUGGUGUUCUAAGAAGUACAUAUUGCAUAGUCUGUAUAAUUAAAGGGACUACAUACGUGUGCUAUAAUUGUAUAGUCAGUUAUUAUUUCUACACUUACUGCUACACUGUCACUGUAAAAUAUACCAUGAGGAAAAAAAGAACAUGAUAUAAAGAUUGCAGUAUUUACCUUAAAUAAAACACAGAAUGAUGCACUA